AAUGUUGUUGGCCUAUAUUUUCUUGAUUCUUUUGGCACACCCUUUUUGUGUCAUUCCUACAAACACAACAACAUCAAAUGACAACAAAAACAUAUUCAUUUUAGCAGGACAAAGCAACAUGUCUGGCAGAGGAGGUGUAGAAAACAACAUUUUUGAUUGGUACAUUCCACCAGAAUGUCAGUCCAAUUCAUCAAUCCUAAGACUAACAAAAGGACUUUCAUGGGAAGUAGCAAAAGAGCCAAUUCAUCAAGAUAUUGAUUAUUAUGCAGUUUGUGGGAUUGGUCCUGGCAUGUCAUUUGCUAACUCUAUUCUAAAAAAUGAUCCAAAUAUUGGUGUCAUUGGUUUGGUACCAUGUGCUAUUGGUUCCACAAAUAUUAGCCAAUGGUCUCAAGGUUCAUUUUAUUAUAAUCAAAUGGUGAAUAGGACUCGGAUCGCGUUACAAGGUGGUGGGACGCUACGAGCCCUUCUUUGGUAUCAAGGAGAGAGCGAUACUCUGAAUCUUGAGGAUGCUAAUUUGUAUAAAUCAAGAUUGGAGAAAUUCUUUACUGAUGUGCGAAAUGACUUAGGUGCACCUUCUCUACCUAUUAUUCAGGUGGCAUUGGCAACAACAUUAGGGCCUUAUAUGAAGGAGAUAAGAAAUGCCCAAUUGGGGAUUCACCUUCCUAAUGUGAAAACAGUUGAUGCUAAUGGGCUCAAAGUAGGCCCAGAUUAUGUGCAUCUUAGUACUCAAGCAGAGGCCCAGCUUGGACAGAUGUUGGCCCAAGCCUUUUUGGAGUUUGGUUCAUACACAAUCCAUAAUUCUUUGGAGGUCCAAAACAAGGAAUAGAAAUCAUUAUAACUUUUUUUUUUAUAUUUUAUUCAAAUGAUUAGUCUGA